GGGCUUACUCAUAAAUGUACACAUUCGUGAGAACAAAUGCCGCAACAUUUCGAAUGUGUCGUAUCCUCAAAAAGCAGUAAUUGAUUUUAUUUGCAAACUCCGCAAUUGUCAAAAUCGUGCCGAUUGAAAUGUUGACAAUUUAAAUUUUCGUGAGGCCAUUUCAUGCAUUUUAUUUCAGUUGUCCGUCGGCUUUUAUUGAUUAAACACCCAAAACGUUCUGUUCCUUCGAACAUUUGUACUUUACUUCUUGUUGUGCGCACAUCCGUUUCCAAAAGUAGCAAAAUCGAUCGGAAAAGUGUUGGUUGGAUCAUAACGAAUAUUCAGAAAAUUCGAUCAAAAUGAAUGUCAGCGAUACCAUUUCUGAGGUCGCCACAUUUACGGGAAUCGAUUACACUGUGUUUACAAUCAUAUUGUCAUUUUCGGUGUUGAUUGGCAUUUAUUUCGCAUUCUUCAGCGACAAACUGAAAACUAAUGAAGAUUACUUGGCUGGCGGUCACAAUAUGAAGUCGUUACCCAUUGGCAUCUCUUUAGUAGCAAGCCAAAUAUCAGCGUUUUCAAUUAUUUCCGUCCCAGCUGAAGUGUACAGCUUUGGCUGGCAUUAUAUGCUAAUUAUCCCAUCGACUGCUUUGGUUUCUGCCGCAACUAACUAUUUGGUGCUGCCAGUUUACUAUCGAAAUUGCAUUGACAAUUGCUACGUUUAUCUGGAAAUGCGGUUCGGUAGAACGAUUCGGCGUUUUGUCACGAUUAUAUUUAUAGUGUCGCAAAUUUUCUACCUGCCCGUUGUCAUGUACAUUCCGUCACUAUCGUUUGUUGAAGUGACAAAGCAUAACAUCCAUGUGGUGAACUCGAUUGUUUCAUGUGUUUGCAUAGUUUAUACCAUGUUGGGUGGAAUUCAAGCGGUGGUUUGGACAGAUGUGCUGCAAGCAGCCGUGAUGCUUGGUUCGGUUUUAAUUAUCGCAUUCUAUGGAAUUAUGGAUGUUGGUGGUGUAGAAGAAGUAUGGAACCGUGCAGUCAACGGCAGUCGUGUUUAUUCACCAGAUUUUACAUUGGAUUUGGUGACACGGACAACAUUUUGGAAUACCACGAGCAGCUUAUUUUUCAUUUGGAUUUGCCAUUCGGCAUUUACACAAAGCAAUGUGCAACGCCUCACCUCGUGCACAACACUAAGAACCGCUCAGAAAUCAAUGAUCUAUUUAGUUAUCGGUGUGACUGUCAUUAUGCUAUCAACGUGUGCAAAUGGAAUUAUCAUGUAUGCCUACUACUACUUAUGUGAUCCCGUGAAAGCCGGAAUUGUUUCAAAACCAGACAAACUCACCUCUCGUUUCGUCCAAGAUGUAACCGGGCACAUUCCCGGCAUGUCAGGUGUUUUCAUUUCAUGUGUAUUUUCCGCUUCAUUGAGCACGGUCUCCGCAUCGUUGCAUUCAUUAUCCGGCAUAUUUUACAAUGAUUAUAUUCGUCCACGAAAAUGGUUCGCCCAUACCGACGGAAACGCGAAUCUCACAAUGCGAGUGAUAAUUAUGAUGAUUGGACUGUUUUGUGCGUUAAGUGGUUUUAUCAUUGAACAUUUUCAGUCGGUAUUUCAAAUGGUCGUGACAAUUGUUGGCACCGGAACGGGUGCCAUUGUGGGAUCAUUUUCACUCGGUAUGCUGUAUCCAUGGGCAAACAAACAGGGGAUUUUAUCUGGGAUGCUCAUAAGCAUGGCUUCAAUAUGUUUCAUAAUCAUCAACACCCACUAUAACAUUUCGAAAGGACAAUUCCGCUACGAUGUACUACCAACAUCCAUUGAUGGAUGCAACAACGAAACAAUAGGACAAUUUCAAGCCCCACCAAAAACCUUCCCAUCGGAACCAGAUGAAGGUUUUGCAUUACAUAAAAUAGCAUUUCAAUGGUAUCCACUGAUCGGAGUGAUUCUUAUGUGCGUUCCAGCCAUCAUAAUUUCCCAUUUGACUGGCGGGCAAGAUCUAACCAAGUUAAAUGUUCUGUUGCUUUCGCCAUGCGCUCAAAAACUUGUGCCAAAAAAGUAUCGGCAUAUUCAAUUGAAAAGGGGAAAUAAAGGGAGCACAGGGCAUCAAAGCGAAAAUGAAAAGAAAAUGCUCAAGCCAUCCCUUGAAACUAAAUGGACUUUUAUAGAGAAUAGCGAAGUUAAAUUAAACUAAUAUUUGAAAAUGGUAAAUUCAUCGCGGGAUAUCAAUUCACCGAGAAGCCGUUCAUUAAGCUAGUAUAGAAUGGAGAAAAAGGAAGAAAUUUUAAAGAAAAAUAAAAUCAAACUCUUCAUUGACAACGUUGCACUAUGUAUCGAAAAUUGGGGAUGAAUGACUGUGCGUUUGGAAAAGAGAGAAACAACAACGUGAGUUGAAUAAAUGCAUGCCUUUAAACAAUGUCGUCGUUCGAAUAAAGUGUUUUCUUUUUUAUAUAAAA